AUGCCCGUGAGGGUGUGUUAUGCUGCCUCGCCCCCCGUUGCAGUGCUGGUGGUCCGAAGUCCUUGCUGGGUGGAUCUGCUGACUUGGUCCUCGUCUCUGUCCGUCUCCCGUGCGGCGUCGUCUAGGGGCCAAGCGGGGAUCGAUCGCAUCACCGCAGAGUGUUCACACCACCCCUGGCACCCUGGCGCCCUGGGUCACCCUGACUACCACGGAUAUUUUAUUGGCCGAAUGGACACCCAGGGCGAUCUGCCGCUCGAAAUAGCCGACCCCUCAACCUCAAACAAGGAAUGCCACUGGAAGAAUUGGUCGACACGGCGUGCUGCGCUCGCGGCACCCCCGACUGUCCGUUUCUUAACGCGCUGUCGUACUGCCGGCGGCAUGUGGGCUUCUGGAAGAAUUCCCAUUUGCGUGGUUUGUUUGACGAUGCCGCCCCCCAUGGCCCAAGUCUGUGUAAUUGCCAGGACUGUAUCGGGCGUUGAGACACUGUUGCCAAGCCACGCCUCGGCUUCAUCGCUCGACAGACGCGGGACGUUGGCGGCAAAGCAGCCGUCUGUCUCGCUGCUGUUGUCCUCCGGGCUGUGGACGGGACCAGAGCUGCGUAUCAGCCAAAUAACAAGGCAGACUGCCAGGAUGGCCUUGUGGCCACUUCAGCGGCCCGACAUGGCAAUAUGA